AUGAAGCUUCACUAUGUUGCUAUAUUAGCAAGUUUACUAAGUGCUGGACCUGCAUACACCAAAACGACUCCGAAACCAACUCCAUGCGCAGGUAACACCCCUAGCCACAGGUCUAUCUGGUGCGACUAUAGCAUCAGCACAGACUACGAGUCAGUUGUCCCCAAUACCGGCGUGACACGCGAGUACUGGUUCAACGUAGAAGAAGUUACACUUGCCCCUGAUGGAUUUUCGCGCCCAGUCAUGACAGUCAACGGCACUCUACCCGGACCAACCAUAUUUGCAAACUGGGGUGACUGGCUUAUCAUCCAUGUCACCAACAACCUUGGUCAGGCCAAAAAUGGAUCUAGUAUUCACUGGCAUGGCAUUCGACAAAAUUAUACAAACCCAAACGACGGCGUUCCCUCCAUAACGCAGUGCCCCAUUGCUCCAGGCUCAAGCAUGAUCUAUAAGUGGCGGGCGACUCAGUAUGGGUCGACGUGGUAUCACUCUCAUAUCGGCCUGCAAGCCUGGGAGGGUGUAUACGGUGGAGUAAUCAUCAACGGACCCGCUAGUGCAAACUACGACGUGGAUAAGGGCGUUUUAUUCCUCAGUGACUGGACCCAUCGAACUGUUGACGAGCUGUAUCUUACACAGCAGCAGCUUGGCCCAGUAAACAAUCUGACGAAUGGGCUUAUAAACGGUACAAAUGUCUAUGAAAGUGGCUCAAGUGCAACGGGAUCUCGCUUUACCAUGAAGGUUAAUUCUGGCACUUCUUACCGGCUGCGACUUGUGAAUCCCUCUAUUGACACCCAUUGGAAAUUCAGCAUUGAUAAUCACACCUUGACUGUUAUAUCGACAGAUCUUGUGCCUAUCAAGCCAUAUAAAACGAACGUUCUUAGUAUUGGAAUGGGUCAACGUUAUGAUGUAAUCGUCACUGCCAAUCAAGCCAAAAUAGCUCAAUCUUUCUGGAUGAGAGCUAUACCAGCAACUGCAUGCUCAGGCAACGAUAAUGCAGAUAACAUCCGAGGCAUCGUCUAUUACGGGACUAAAUCCACAAUCCCACAAACAACGGGUCAUUUCAGCCCGAGCGACUGCAAUGACGAGGCUUUGACUAAUCUGGUCCCAUACGUUCCGAAAAAUGUUGACCCCCCAGUUUGGAACAAUAACACCGAUGUCAGUGUCUUCAUAAACCCUGAAAGGCUUUUUCGAUGGGAGUUCAAUGCCACGUCGCUGAAUGUGAGCUGGGAAAACCCGACCUUGGGUAAGAUCUACAACCAUGAAAAGAAUUUCACCAAUACAAGUGGAGUUAUUGAACUACCGUUCAAGAACAAAUGGGUAUACCUCCUCAUCAACACCACCUUUGAAGUUACUCAUCCUAUACAUCUGCAUGGGCAUGACUUUUCCAUCUUAGCUCAGGGCAAUGGUAUCUGGAACGGCUCGAUGAUUACUCAAAACCCGCCUCGUCGUGACACAGCCAUGCUACCCCCGAGUGGGUGGUUGCUUCUUGCCUGGAAAACGGACAAUCCGGGAGCAUGGCUUAUGCACUGCCAUAUCGGAUGGCAUGUAAAUGAGGGACUUGCACUGCAGUUUAUUGAGCGGUAUGAUGAGAUUCGGGGUUUGAUUGAUUAUAAGCCAUUUGAGCAGGUGUGUAACAAGUGGGAUGCAUACGACGCGUCUGCAGAUAUCGUUCAAGCGGAUUCAGGGGUCUAG